AUUUCCGGUUCCCUGGAGUGUCUGCCGGGGACGCGCAGGCGGUCUUGAACGUCCCCCUGGUCCUCAUUGUGCAGCCGAGGAAACAUCGCAAGGUUUCGACGACGUUGGUAUGAAAUGGCAGAAACUGCUGGUGUCACGGAAGCACAAAUAGUAGGUUACGUACAGGCUCCACGUGCAUUUAGUGAUGAUUCUGGCCUGUUAGUGUGAGGGAAACGAGAGUGUACCCGGAGGAAGAAAAAGGAUUAAAGAGCUGUUUUCUUUCCAAACCCGUCCGGGUUGUGUCUCCAGGAGGCAGCGAUCAGCGACUGCGGGUCGACACUGCUGGAAUUAACCGAAGAGGGGUGAGCUCGACAUAUGGAUGUUUUUCUUCCUGUCCUGAGAGGAGAGCUCCACUUUGAUGCCCAGUCACAGCGCAGGUCCAAGGCUUCACCAUGAACCGGAACAAGCGUGAAAAGGAGUACUACAGUAUAGAUGUGGGAGAUUCUACUUUUAUGGUUUUAAAGCGCUACCAGAACCUCAGACCCAUCGGAUCCGGAGCACAGGGAAUCGUUUGUUCAGCAUAUGACCACAACCUGGAGAGGAAUGUUGCCAUCAAGAAGCUGAGCCGGCCGUUUCAGAAUCAAACUCAUGCGAAGAGGGCCUACAGAGAACUGGUGCUCAUGAAAUGUGUCAACCACAAGAACAUAAUCGGCCUUUUAAAUGUAUUCACACCACAGAAGACACUGGAAGAGUUCCAAGAUGUGUAUCUAGUGAUGGAGUUGAUGGAUGCUAACCUCUGCCAGGUGAUUCAGAUGGAGCUGGACCACGAGAGGCUGUCCUACCUGCUCUACCAGAUGUUGUGUGGAAUUAAACACCUGCACGCUGCCGGAAUAAUACACAGGGAUCUGAAGCCCAGCAACAUCGUGGUGAAGUCUGACUGCACACUGAAGAUCCUGGACUUUGGCCUGGCCAGAACAGCUGCCACUGGCCUCCUCAUGACGCCAUACGUGGUCACCCGCUACUACCGGGCCCCAGAGGUCAUCCUGGGCAUGGGCUACCAGGCCAACGUUGAUGUCUGGUCUGUUGGCUGCAUCAUGGCUGAAAUGGUCCGGGGUAGUGUGUUGUUUCCAGGCACUGAUCAUAUUGACCAGUGGAAUAAGGUGAUCGAGCAGCUGGGGACACCGUCUCAGGAGUUCCUGAUGAAGCUCAACCAGUCGGUGAGGACCUAUGUGGAGAACAGGCCACGGUAUGCUGGGUACAGCUUUGAGAAGCUCUUCCCCGAUGUCCUGUUUCCUGCUGACUCUGAACACAACAAACUCAAAGCGAGCCAAGCUCGAGACCUUCUAUCAAAGAUGCUGGUAAUAGACGCUUCAAAGCGGAUCUCUGUGGACGAGGCUCUCCAGCAUCCUUACAUCAACGUGUGGUAUGACCCGACUGAAGUGGAGGCACCACCACCUGCGAUCACAGACAAGCAGCUGGAUGAGAGAGAGCACACAGUGGAGGAGUGGAAAGAGUUGAUAUACAAAGAAGUGUUGGACUGGGAAGAGAGGACAAAGAACGGCGUCAUCAGGGGACAACCAGCGUCCAUAGCACAGGUGCAACAGUGAGCAGCAGCCCUGAGCAGCACCACCAGCACCACACCUCCACGUCCUCCUCCUCUUCUUCCUCCAUGACCACCGACCUGACCCUGACUGACACAGACAGCAGCCUGAAGACGGCCGGCACCACCGCUGCCGACGCUAUUGCUGCUGCUGUUGCUGCUGCUCCGGUCGCCCCCCUGGGCUGCUGCAGAUGACUAUCAUCUACACCUCCUCCUGGUCCCGGGCGGAGUCCCUUGGUCAAAUCCAAGACCACAAGCUCGACACUGGCUCCUGGCCCCGCUCCCUUGCAUUCGCCUCCUCCCAUCUCCUCUCUGUGCUUGUCUCCAUUAGUGUAGCGAUUAGCCAGCUAGCUGUUUGAGAAAUACUUCUGGAAGGACAGAUUUUUUUUAUUACGGUUCUAGUCUUUUUUUAAAAUAAGGCUCUUUCUCUUCCUUUGAGUCCUAGCUGUAAUUUAUUGUGCAUUUUUUAAUUCUUCAGAAACCUAAGAUGAUGAUGAUGAUGAUGAUUAUAAGAGAAUUUUUAUGAUUUCACGUUGAUGCGGUUUGUAUUAACCGACAGUGAGAAUUUAAAGAGAUAUCUGUAAAAUGUUUUAAUGUGAUCUACGUUCUUUUGAAAGUCAUUUAUUUCACUUGUAAGCUAUUGCUUUUACAACUGGCCAUAUAAAUGUAGAUUCAGUUUGUACAGAUUUUAUGGUAGAUGUAGUUCUUCGAUACAAGUUUGCAGUGAGCCAUUGAAACAUAAUUGAAUUGACAACGUACAGUCUUAGGAAUUCCCUUUUUUUGUCCCACAUAAUAUGCUUAUUAUUUCAAAUGCAUAUGACAUAUCCAUUUUAUUUGAACUAAGAUCAUGUGGUAGGUUGUCGCUUGUUAUAUUGUUUUCUUUCGAGUCACUACCACAUCCUGUAUUUUAAAAUUUGAAUCUGAA